AUGUAUUGCACCACCAUCAGUAGAAAUAGUGCAAGACCAGCUAAAUCUUACAUGUUCACCGAUAGAAGCGAAGUUGAUCGCUUGUUGCGCCCCCAAUCCGCGCUAACCAUCUCAUUUCUACUACAAACGUUUGAUAACAUUUCAGAACCAAGCGAAGAAUACUGUUUUACAGCAAAUUCAAAAUGGAUCGAAAAUCAGAACAAAUCCAAGCCCUUCUCUUGUCCCUCGCGGAGCUACAGUUCCUACAGUUUGGAACAGAGCAAUCUCAACUGCAGGACGACAAUCGAGACGAAAAUCAAGAAGGAUACUGUGUUUUUAGCGCAGUCACCGUGCCCGUCCAAUCUAGUCGAGGAAUCAAGCAACUUCACUGUCGCACCGGAGAAAUUCAAGGAAGAUAUUCCAAGCGAAUUCGGUGCCACAAGAAGUACGUUCCGAGAGCCUAUCGAGCAGAAAAUAAUAGUAAAAUCCGAAAGAGAUUCCUUCGAGAGCGACUGCGCCGUUGGAUCUCACAAAGCGACAAACGAAACCCCAAUAUCAAGUGAAAUAUUUACAGAAAACUUUAGCCAGUUAACUGACAGUAUUAUAUCCAACAAAGAUAUAAAUUUUGUGUCCGUUAAGACUGAAGACACACAAGAAGACAAGCUGUUCCCCAGUAGCGGGAGCUGUUUUGACGAUUCCCAGCCAGACCAAGACAUGGCAGAUCCCUUCUUUGAAGAAUUCAUGGACUUUAGUAACCUCUUUCCUGAGCUCAUACCCGGUGUAGAUGCAGACGCAUGCACUCUCCUACCAGAAAUUCUCAUGCCCAAGGAAGAGCCUCAAACUAUCGCAAUCAAAGAUUUGAUGGCAGACCUGGACAGCAUCCUUGCAGAAACUGCACUUGCUAGUAAUGAUAAUCAAGAAGAUGAGGUUCUUAAUAUUGAAGUAGUUGAAGAAGCACCUACACCUGUAAUGCAGGACCCAACAGAGGUUCACUCUGUGUUGUCCCCUGGAAGUGUUUUAUCAGUAGAAUCCUGCGACACAAGCAACUACACCAGUACGUAUGCAGAGAGUACAUCUUCUGACAACAUCGAUGUUGAUCUUCUGCAAAUACUCGAGCUUCUUGAGAAAGAUCAGACACACACUGGAGAACCCGUCCCUGAAGGCUCUACGGUAGAUGCAGGUGAAAUCUUUCCCGAGACUGUUACUUCAAUUAAAUGCAAGAACCCUGCUACAGAAGAACCAGCAGCCAAAAGAGCCAAACCACAGCAAAUUGCCAACCACACAUCUAGUGAUAAAGCUACCCAGAGGAGAAUAAAGAACAAUGCUGCCUCUAGAGUCUGCAGAGCAACAAGAAGGCAAAGGGAAGAGGAACUAUUCCAAAAAGAAAAAGAACUGAUAGAAUCUAAUGCUGCACUGAAAGCACAACUAGAAGAACUAACUAAAGAAACACAGACUCUAAGAAGUAUUCUUGUCCAACGUUUAAGCAGCUGCAACUAAAUUCUUAAGAAUGAUACAUGUACAGUCUCUAAAGUCUUUAAGUACUGAAGCUUUUUACAUCAAACUAAACUUGAUUAUCUACAUGAUUAUACCUUAAGAUCUGUUGUUGGUGAUAUCCAGGGUAUAGUGUCCAUUAACCCAUGAUAAAAAUGCUCAAAGUACCAAAUAGGUGAGAACAGUAAUCUUAAGGUAUUCGGUAUAAAAGAUUUGAAUGUUGUUUCUAUAUUAGUUCCUUUCUAUUCUUUGCAGAAAUAGGUAUAGUCCUUGAAUUCAACAUUUUUUGUGUCUACGGAAUGGGAAUCCAAAACGUAUAGCCAGGUAUUUGGCUGGUUAUUCUAUGUACAUACAUGUAUUCAACUAUAAUCACACUGCAUAUAUAAUCAAGCCAUAGAAAAAUAUCCGUUUAAUGUUGUCUUAUCAUAAGCAUUUUUGAAUUCUUUGAAAUAUUUUUAGAGUUUUUUUAGUAAUUCGGUGCACGAAUCUUUCAAUUUUUAUAUUUGUUUUGGUAUACUCAGAAAUAUUGUACAAAUCAAGUUUAAUGGGAAUCUAAAUAAAGAUUCGAAGGUUAA